AUGAAGACUCAAAGCAAUACCAGAUUAACUCACCCUUCUGUCCAAGAUGGCUGGUUCAAGGAAGAAAUUCCUCUAUGGCCUGGACAAGCUACGUCUUUACAAGUGAAGAAAGUUCUUCAUGUGGACAAGAGUAAGUUCCAAGACGUCCUUCUCUUCGAGUCGGUGGCCCAUGGAAACGUUCCGGUGCUUGAUGGCGCAAUCCAAUGUGUGGAGAUCGACGAGUUUAGUUAUCAGGAAAUGAUUGCGCAUAUACCCCUUAAUUCUCAUCCGAACCCGGAGCAUUUCUUGUUCAUUGGUGGUGGAGACGGUGGUGUAUUACGAGAAGUUUUGAAGUAUCCUGUCUGUCAAAACCGCUGUGCUAUAGAUGGCUUCCAGGCCUUGAGAGAUCAAGUCGGAAAAUUUGAUGUCAUCAUCACUGAUAGUUCCGAUCCAAACGAAGGUCCAGCACAAACAUUGUUUGGAACGCCGUAUUUCCAAUUUAUGAAAAAUGCCUUGAGACCAAACGGUUCGAUUUCAACCCAGGGAGAGUGCAUCUGGUUGCCCUUACCUCUCAUCCACUCGUUGAUCAAAGGACCAAAGGACCUCUUCCCACAAGUCGACUACGCUUACACUUCAAUUUCGACCUACCCCAGUGGAACCAUCGGCUUCGUCGUGUGCUCUCUGGACAAAGACCGAAACUUAAAGAAGCCACUCCGACAGGUCCGCAACACUCGAUACUACAACAAGCGCGUAGAUGAGGCUGCUUUUGUUUUACCCGAGUUCGCCCGUGCUACCAUCACUGCUGCGAAAGCUGGGGAAGCUGCUCCUGCCAUCAGAGCACAGUUCCUGCCGUCUACACACCCACAAAAAAGAAAAUUCUCCUCCUUGGGUCUGGCUUUGUUGCUGAACCCGCUGCAGAUUACAUCCUUCGCCGAUCUGACAACGAAUCAACGAUUGCUUGCCAUACAUUGGCCACUGCCAAGUUUCUUUCUUGUGGAAGGAUUAGUUAGAGACGCCAAUUACAUCUCGCUUGACAUCACAGAUACUGCUGCGUUAGACCGAGCGGUGUUGGAGCACGACUUGAUCAUCUCUUUGAUUCCAUAUAUACAUCAUGCAAGUGUCAUCAAGAGCGCAAUCAAAUACAAGAAGAACUUUGUCACAACAAGCUACGUCAGCCCGGCAAUGAGAGCCUUAGAUCAGGAGGCUCAGCAAGCUGGCAUCACAGUACUCAACGAGAUUGGACUUGACCCCGGAAUCAAUAACUUGUACACCAUCAAGAGGAUUGAUGAAGUUCAUCAAGAGGGUGGCGAAGUCACCGGCUUCAUCUCUUACUGCGGUGGAGUCCUCUUAGCUCUCUUAGACUCUGCUAAGCUUUAUUCUAAGGGUAAACUCAUCAAGGUCGCAGGUCAAGACUUGAUAAACUACGCCAACCCAUACUUCAUUUCACCGGCGUUUGCUUUCGUGCCUUAUCCAAAUCGAGACUCAACACCAUUCAUAUAUUUCUAUGCUAUUCCUGAAACCGAGACUGUUGUUUGUGGAACGAUGAGAUAUCAAGGAUUCCCAGCUUUCAUUAAAACUUUGGUCGAUAUUGGGUUGCUCAAUGAAGCUGACCAAGUUUACCUGAAGCCUGAUGCUCAAAUUACUUGGAAUGAGGUCACCGCUCGAGUUCUCGGAGCUUUGACUUCAUCAUACCUUGAAACCAACCAUUCUAGAUGCGAUUACUUUUGUUUAAGCCUCAAUUCAUCUCAAAUCUAA